UGGAGCGAGUCUGCGCACUUUGCGAGGCCGCUCCUCAAUGUCCAUCGAAGCGAAAACUGUCGGGGUCCUUGACCGCCUUGGCGCUGAGUUCCACUGAAAGUCACCACUGAUCUGUGGUAUCAACUGAAUACGAAUUCAAGAAGCGGCGGAUGCUGCGCGCGCACCGUGCACCGUGCAACGACGAGGCUACUUUCAUCGCGAUGGCGAGUGCGCCUCGAGCCAGGCGACCGCUCGCGCCAGCCAUCGAGCAUACAGGUCUCAAUGGCUCGUCGGACGAGAAACUCACAAAACGCGGAACAGUCCAUGUCGAGACGGCGGCACCUCUGGCCAAACCUCAAGGAGGACUGGCGACGGGCUGGCUAGCCCAACCGGCACUCAAAGGCAAGGGCAAGAGGACAUCAGCCGUACAGGAUGGCGGCCCCCUCGAUUUUCUUGGCGGAGGGCUAGAGGUGCUGUCGGCUGGCGAAGUCAAAGUGCUCGUUGGCGUCUUGCUGCUCGCUUGCUGGGUACGGCUGUGGCAUCUCGACCGCCCAAGCAGCGUUGUAUUCGAUGAGGUACACUUUGGAGGCUUUGCGAGUAAAUACCUCAAGAGCAAGUUCUUCAUGGACGUCCAUCCGCCCCUGGCCAAGCUGCUCAUCACACUUGCCGGCUUCGUGUCUGGUUUCGACGGCAACUUCGAUUUUAAAGAGAUUGGCAUGUCCUACAAGGAGAUGCGCGUGCCGUACAUCGCGAUGCGGAUGCUGCCUGCUACUUUGGGGAUAAUGCUCGUCCCGCUAGCUUAUUUUACCCUACGCAUACUGGCGUGCAGACCAACGACAGCACUCAUGGCGAGCUUGCUGGUCACUUUUGAGAACGGCCUCAUCACUCAAUCACGACACAUCCUACUCGAUUCACCAUUAAUAUUUUUCACUGCACUCACCGCGUUCGCAUGGUGCGGCUUUGCCAAAGAAGACGAGCGGCGCUCUUUCACACCAAUCUGGUGGUCUUGGCUCACUUUCACUGGCGUCGCUCUGGGCGCAGUCGUCAGUUGCAAAUGGGUCGGUCUUUUCACGAUCGCGACUAUCGGCUUGGCCACGAUCAAGCAACUAUGGGACCUCCUCGGCAAUUUGCGCGUCUCUUUGCCGUUGCUAGUUCGGCAUUUCAUCGCACGUGCAAUAUGUCUCAUCCUGAUACCCUGUCUGUUCUAUGCGAGCAUGUUCGGCUUGCAUUUUGCCGUCUUGAGCAACUCUGGCGAAGGCGAUGGCUUCAUGAGCUCAGAAUUUCAGCAUUCUCUACGUGGGCACGGCAUGGAAAAUACGUUUGCCGACGUCUAUCUCGGCUCACGGAUCACGAUCAAGCAUCUCAACACGCAGGGGGGCUACCUGCAUUCGCACGCGCAUAUGUAUCCUGGCGGAAGCCACCAGCAGCAGAUCACGCUCUAUCCUCAUCGAGAUGAGAACAACGACUGGAUUGUCUCCAAUGUCACCGCAGAAGGCGCACCCAAGAUCGAUUUUCAGACACUCGAACAGCUCGUACCUAUCAUGGACCGGACUGUCCUUCGUUUCGAGCAUGCAACGACUGGCAAGAGGCUACACUCUCAUGACGUCAGACCACCGGUUUCUGAGGUCGACUGGCAGAACGAAGUCUCUGGCUAUGGUUUCGAAGGAUUCGAUGGUGACGUGAACGAUCACUUUGCCAUCGAGAUCGACCCCACAUACACAGACUCAAGCGACAAACUCGCGAAGAAACAGAUUCGUUCACUGCGUACAAAGUUUCGGCUGCGACAUACACUCACAGGGUGCUAUUUAUUCUCGCACAAGGUCAAGCUGCCUGAGUGGGGUUUCGAGCAGCAGGAGGUCACAUGCAAUAAGAACCCAUCGAAGGCUAACUCGAUUUGGUAUGUUGAGACGAACAGUCACCCGCAAAUCCCUGCGGAUGCAGCUACGGUCAACUACAAGGGUGCGGGCUUCUGGAGCAAAUUCUUCGAGCUCAAUGCCGUCAUGUGGCAAACCAAUCAAGGUCUCACCGAUCGACAUGCCUACGACUCUCGGCCGCAGUCCUGGCCUGCGCUGAAGAGGGGCAUCAACUUUUGGGUCAAAGAUCAUCGACAGAUCUACUUGAUCGGCAAUCCCGUCAUCUGGUGGUCCAGCACACUAGCCGUGCUCUUAUACGCAGCUGUGAGAGCGCUCAUCUUUAUAAGAGCAAAGCGCGGCUUCCAAGACCUCAACAAUACAUCUGUCGCAUUCUACGACGGCGUUUGCGGCUUCCUGGCGAUGGGCUGGGCGCUGCACUACUUUCCCUUCUUCCUCAUGAAUCGACAGCUCUUCCUACAUCAUUACUUUCCGGCGCUAUACUUUGCCAUACUCAUGCUCGCCGCCAUAUUCGAUGCCGCCACGAGCCGGCUUGCCCCUCGGUAUAGACUCGGCGCAGCUGCGGCCUGUCUCUUGCUAGCUAUCAUGGCCUGGGCGCAUUGGUCGCCUCUCGCCUAUGCUGGACAGUGGACACGCGGGCAAUGCGAAUCAGCCAAGCUGCUAAAAAGCUGGGAUUUCUCCUGCUCGGACUUCCCAGUAUCUCUCGCCGAAUAUACCACAGCAAUUGUGCCAAAAGAAGCCGCACGUGCAACGCCGACAGCCGAGGAUGGCGUGGUGGUCGAUGCUGUGGUGCCGCCAGUGAUACCACCGCAAGAAGCGGAAGAGCCGAACUUGGCCGUCAAUUUCGAUCCGCCAUUAGAUCCAACGACGCCGGCUGCAGUCGCCCCGAUACAGAAUGCUUUCUCUGAUCCGCACGCAGCAGGCGAGAUCGUGCAGACAGCAGGAUUACCGCAAGAAGCCGCCGAAGCAGAGGCUGUGAUCGAAGAGGGAGAUGAUUCCGACGCGCCUGUCACCUAUGCCGACGAUCCUGACGCAAUCCAAACGACACGAGAUGAAAGUGUAGCACUACCGGACAAGGCCGAGCCUACUGGCGAGGAGGUUUCGUGACGGCACGUCAUUGUACAACAGUAAACCGCAAAAUGCACACGAUCUUUAUACGCGACCGCCUUGCUGCAGCGACAUCAGUGCAC